AUGAAAUUUUUAAUCGUGUUUUUAAUCGGUUUUGGUGCUUUUUGUUUCGGACAAGAAACCGAAACAACAGAAAGGCCGAAAGUUUUCAGAAGAUUAAUUCCAGCCGAUGUUCUCAGGGACUUUCCAGGAAUGUGCUUUGCUUCCACCAAAUGCACCACUGUUGAACCAGGUAAAAGCUGGGAUUUGACUCCAUUCUGUGGUAGAUCUACUUGCGUUGUUGCCGAAGGAGAACAAGCUGGACGUCUUUUGGAAUUGGUCGAAGACUGUGGACCAUUGCCAAAAGCCAAUCCAAAAUGCAAACUCUCUGAAAAAACAAACAAAACUGCUCCAUUCCCAGACUGUUGUCCAAUCUUCGAAUGUGAAAAGGGAGUUAAAUUGGAAUACCCAGAAUUGCCAACCGUUCCACCACCAACCGACAAAAAAGACGAAAAGAAAGCUUAA